GGAGGAAGUAUGACACUACAAUAUGGCAGCCUGCAGUCGAAAAUAAACCUGUGUCAGAAAAAAAACUUUGCGAAUUACUCCAUCACCGUAUUGCUUUUAUUGUAUUGUAUGCACAGUCGAAAUACUUGCAUGACGUGCCGAGUCUGACACCACAGUAAUUAAAAAUCACUCAAGCCCACUGCUUUAGGAGCUGCUCCUGCUACUUCGUCUCCGCGAGGGAGGAACUGUAAUUUACAAGUUGCUUUGGGCUGAAGAACUUGAAGAUCGUCUAAGCAUGCAAUCACAGUCAGCCGUAAAGAAGCUGGUGGAGAACUUGCAGAGCGACCUCAGAGCUCUUUCCAGCGAAACCAAAAGGAAAUUCCCUCCUGUCAAAGAGGCUGCAGAGGCUGGGAUUUUGAAGAUAAAAACUAUAUCGACAAAACAAGGAGACAUUCUUGGAGGAUUAUUAUCAGCAAGCUCAGAUAUUGUACAGCCGUUUCUUCUGGGCUGUGACACCAAGCACGUGAGAGUUGUUCAAAUAUGUUUGACAGCAGUACAGAGGCUGAUCCAGCAUGAGGCAGUUUCUAUGCCUGCAGCCAACAACAUCAUCAAUGUCCUGUGGAACCUGAUGGAGGCCGGCACUGAGGAACUCCGGCUGCUGCAGACAGCCAUUCUCCUGCUCACUACCAAUUCUGUUGUACAACAUGAGUCGCUGGCCAAGGCCAUAGUGCUGUGUUUUCGUCUCCACUUCGCCAAAGACAGCAUCACCAUCAACACGGCGGCGGCCACGGUCAGACAGCUGGUCAGUGUGGUGUUUGAGAGGGUGGUCACUGAAGACAGUGUGCAGUCACAAGAACCCCUGGAGACCGUAUCAUUGGAUGAGUUAAAGGUUGGCAGCAAGACUCCUCCCAAGUCUCUCAGACCCUGUGCUCAGGAUGGUUACCUCUUAUUUCAAGAUCUCUGUCAACUGGUCAAUGCUGACCAGCCAUUCUGGUUAGUGGGGAUGACCGAGAUGACCAGGACCUUUGGACUGGAGCUGAUGGAAGAAGUCCUCACAUCUUUUCCUAACACUUUCUUAAAGCACCCAGAAUUCUGUUUCCUCUUGAAAGAACGCGUCUGCCCUCUGGUGAUAAAGCUGUUUUCACCGAGUUUGAAAUAUCGCCAAGGAGGCCCUCAACUGCCGUCACCAGUGCCAGCAGAGAAGCCAUAUUUUCCUAUUGUACUGCGACUGUUGAGGAUUGUUUCUGUGUUAAUCAGGCACUAUUAUUCAUUAUUAAACACAGAGUGUGAAAUUUUCCUGUCCUUGCUGGUGAAGUUUCUGGAUCCAGAGAAACCCAUGUGGCAGAGAGCCCUGGCUCUGGAAGUGCUGCUGAAACUGUGCAAUCAGCCACACCUCCUCAGGAGCUUCUGCCAAAGUUAUGACAUGAAACCACAUUCCACCAAAAUAUUUCGUGACAUAGUCAACGCCCUGGGGGCUUUCAUCCAGUCACUGUUUAUGAGUCCCCCCACGGCACUGGUAGUCCAACAAGGUGCGAAGGCUCCAGAUACCCAGGGGCAGCCCCCCUCCCUGGUGGCAGGGAUGCCUGUAGGGAGUGGAGUGACACCCCAGGCGGCCUUUGUAUACAGAGGCGUCUGGAUCCCCAUUGUCAUGAAUGUACCACAGAACACACCAAAACCUGUGUUUGUUGAGAUGCUAGAGAAGCUGGAUCCCCCUCAAAUCCCAGAUGGAUACGGCAUCUCGCUGGCGUUCCAGUGUUUACUGGAGAUCGUCCGGGGCGUGCAGUUGGUGCUGGAGGAGAGUAAAACAAGGAAUAGAAGUGCCACGGGGGACAGUGAGAAAUCUGAACAGAACUCUGAGGUGGACACUGAGCAGGCAGUGACAAGGGAGAAAUUAGAUCCAGAUGUGGAAAAACAGCUGUUUCAGACUCUAAUAGAGUCCUCAUGGACAGGGAUGUUGGCUGCACUCUCACUACUCUUAGACGCCAGCACCGAUGAAAGUGCAACAGAAGCCAUCUUGAAAUCGCAGCAGACGUAUGCCAGCAUGUGCGGCGAACUGGGCAUGACAACACCGCGCGAUGCAUUCAUCACCUCGUUGUGCAAGGCUUCGUUGCCGCCACAUUACGCACUGACAGUUCUCAAUGGGCCCUCUAACAGUCCCACGGCCAGAAGUCCCUCAAGUCGUCAUCCUAGUCAAGAUUUCCAGCCCUCCUCCACCAUAGAGGCUGUAGAGAGGAGCCAAGUGGUGGCUGUAGGCACUGCCCUCCCCACGGCUUCUCUCCCAAUGGGGGCCCAGCAGGGACCAGUUAUGUUGACAGCCAAGAACAUCCAGUGUAUGCGCUCUAUACUGAGUGUGGCACACUGUCAUGGCGGCAUCUUGGGGUCAGCGUGGCAUCUGGUUCUGACCACUCUACAGCACUUGGUUUGGAUACUUGGUCUCAAGCCGGCCACUGGGGGCAGUCUGAAGGCAGCAAAGCAGGCGACAGAGAGUCCUAACGCUGUCAUUACCACAGCCAUCAUGGCCGACCUGCCUGUGCUGUCAGCUAUGUUGUCCAGACUGUUUGAAAGCUCACAGUACCUAGAUGACGUGGCACUCCACCAUUUGAUAGAUGCUCUAUGUAAACUUUCAGCAGAGUCUAUGGAACACUCUGCAUACACUACUAGAGAACCCAGUCUGUUUGCAGUGGCCAAGCUCCUGGAGACAGGUCUAGUGAACCUUCCACGCGUGGAGGUGCUCUGGAAACCUCUGACAGCUCACUUAUUAGAGAUUUUUAUACAAAUAUGA